AUGGCAGCCCCAACCAAAGUCUUCCGCAGCGGCGCCAAUGCCCUCAUAACCGGCGCAGCAAGCGGCGUAGGCCUCGCCGUCGCCAAACUAUGCGCCUCGCACUCCAUGAACCUCAUUCUCGUCGACAACAACACCUCCCAACUCGACCAAGCCAAAAGCACACUCUCGUCCUCCUCCGGCAAAGUCGAAACCCACUCCAUCGACGUAGCUUCUCUCGAUGCCUGGACGCAACUGAAAUCCUCCGUUGAGCAAGGCGGCCGGAAACUCGAUCUCCUCCACCUCAACGCCGGCAUUGGACUAAAGGGCGACUGGACAGAUAAUGCCUACUUCCACAAGAUCUUCGACGUCAACUUCUUCGGCGUGAUCAACGGCCUCAACACCUUCUACCCGCACUUCGACGACAACAACAAUCCAUCCUCGCAAAAAGCCAUCAUAAUCACAGGCUCCAAACAAGGCAUCACAAACCCACCAGGCAAUCCUGCCUACAACGCAACAAAGUCGGCCAUCAAAACCAUAACCGAACACCUCCACUACGACCUCGCCAAAACCUCCCCCCACACGUCCGUGCAUCUCCUCGUCCCCGGCUGGACCUUCACAGGCCUCACCGGCGGCGGCGGCUUGAAAGAGAAACCCGCGGGCGCGUGGGACGCCUCGCAGGUCGCAGACUACCUCUACAAAAAGAUGAGUGAGGAUAAGUUUUACGUGAUUUGUCCGGAUAAUGAUGUGGAUUGGGAGACGGAUCGGAAGCGCAUGACGUGGACGAUGGGCGAUGUGGUGUAUGAGCGGAAGCCGCAGAGUCGGUGGUUGGAGGAGUUUAAGGAGGAGGCGGCGGAGACGUUGGGGGCGAUGAAGUUGGGGGAGAAGCAGAAGGGGAGUUCGGCGUGA